GAAAGAUGAUGUGACGGGAGAGAUGGCACUGCCGCUGCUCCCUGGGCUGUGCUCCCCCGGCCUCCAGGCAGGGCCCGGGCAGCGUUGCUAUAACCUCCGCAGCCUGGAAAAUAAUGUUUGAAAAGGUUUAAACCAGUUCAGACAGAGCCCACAGCCCAAACACCCCUCCAGGAACAUAUUCCCCGUGGGACUGAAAUAUACUGUGGGGUCGUUGAGCCCCGCGCAGAGAUGCUGAGGAUGCGCGGAUGGGUGCGCAUCCACUGCUGGAUGCGGAGGUUCCUCGGAUGGUGAGGCCCAGCCUGGAAAGCUGUGGGGACACCCGUGGGGAUUCCGUGCUGCGCGGGGGCGCAACCUGCGCGCUGCCGGCUGGUAGGAGAUUAGGGAAGGGGGCGAAUUGACGGGGUGCUGGGGGCGGACGGGGGUCCCCAGAGAGUUGUUCACCUUUCCAUUCGUUUGUGAAAUAUUUUUAAUGUAUCACCGAGUUUUGGGCAGGAGGCGGGUGAAGAGAAGGAGGAGGGGCGGCACUCCCGAAGGAGCAGCGGGCAGCGGCGGGGGCCGCGCAGGGGCUGCGGGGGCUGCGGUCUGGCCGCGGGCGCGCAAGGGGCGCGGAUGGCGGGGAGUGCGGAGGCAGGUCCCGCGCGGCCGGGCUGGGCCAGCGCUAGAUGGAGUGAUGCAUGAGCGAGACGGGGAGGUUUUAACCUUCAGGGGGAGGAGCCCCGUUUAACUACAGGCAUUUGUUCUAGGGCAGGUCACUUUAAUCUCCUUAGCUUUAAACUGUCCAACUCGCAACUCGCGUUUCUCUAUAAGGGAUCUUUACUACUUCCCUGCCUAUGCGGCCGGAGCGCUGUGCCUCUCCCCAGCAGAGACAACCGCCUUCCAGGCACUGCUCAGAUUGCUUCCGACACCCUUAAAAUAAUACUGCAGCCCGGCGCCCCUGCCAUGGAUUCCUUUAAAGGUGGAAUGAAUUUGGAGAGACUGCCUGAGAGCUUGAGACCCCAACCCUCCCAUGACAUGGCUUCCAGCUUCCAUUUGCAAAGAUCCUCGGAACCCAGAGACCCGAUCGACAACUCAGCCAGUGAAUCCUCCGACACGGAGGUGCCAGAAAAAGAGCGCAGCGGCGAGCAGAAAAACGAGGACGGAGCCGCCGACGACCCGGCGAAGAAGAAGAAGCAGCGGCGGCAGCGGACCCACUUCACCAGCCAGCAGCUGCAGGAGCUGGAGGCCACCUUCCAGCGGAACCGCUACCCCGACAUGAGCAUGCGGGAGGAGAUCGCCGUCUGGACCAACCUCACCGAGCCCCGAGUGCGGGUUUGGUUCAAGAACCGCCGAGCCAAGUGGAGAAAGCGGGAGCGGAACCAGCAGAUGGACCUGUGCAAGAACGGCUACGUGCCCCAGUUCAGCGGGCUGAUGCAGCCCUACGACGACAUGUACGCCGGCUACCCCUACAACAACUGGGCCACCAAAAGCCUCACCCCGGCGCCGCUCUCCACCAAGAGCUUCACCUUCUUCAACUCCAUGAGCCCCCUCUCCUCGCAGUCCAUGUUCUCGGCGCCCAGCAGCAUCCCCUCCAUGAACAUGCCUUCCAGUAUGGGCCACUCGGGCGUGCCGGGCAUGGCCAACUCCGGCCUCAACAACAUCAACAACAUCAGCGGCUCCUCGCUCAACUCGGCCAUGUCCUCGCCGGCCUGUCCCUACGGGCCACCGGGCUCGCCCUACAGCGUCUACCGGGACACUUGCAACUCCAGCUUAGCCAGCCUCAGACUGAAAUCAAAGCAGCACUCCAGUUUCGGCUACAGCAGUUUGCAAAGCCCCGGCUCUAGUUUAAACGCCUGUCAGUACAACAGUUGACGGACUUGACACAAACCACCUCCGACAAAGCACCGCCGACAAAGCAAAGCAGAAGCAAAGCGACGUUUAACGGAAAAGAAAAAAAAAAAAUUAAACCCGAUGAUGAUUAAAACCAAAACCCAAGCAAGUGAGAGAGGGAAAAAAUAAAAUAAAAUAAAGCGAAUAAAGCACACACACACACACAUACCACCCCCCCCACCCAAAAAAAAAAAAAAAAAAAAAAAGAAAAGAAAAAAAAAGCCCCAAAAACUCCGCGAACUUCGAUUGUCUAGGAAAAAGGAAAAAAAAAAAAAGCGAAACAAGGAUGCAACCAACAAAACAGCGCUUUUAAAAUAUAUUAAAACAAACAAACAAACAAACAAAAAAAAAAACCAAACAAAAAAAACCAUAAAACAAAAAAACCCAUCUAAAACCGUAAACGGACCAGAAAACUUUUGCAAGAGACACCGAAAUCUGGUACAUGGAUGAGUUGCAAUUUUUUUCUCUGGAUUAUGCGGGUUGUAUGUGUUUACUUGAACUUGCACAGGAGUCGGUAAGGCGGCCGCUGCCCCGCGGGGAGGGCGGCAGGAGGGGACGCCUCGGUGGUAAGAGCUGGUGGGACGGUUCUUGGCCGCUUGUCGCACGGGAAGAGUUUGGUUAAUGUUUACCACUGAGAAACAGAAUCAUACUCGGAAAAAAAAAAAUAAGGUUGGGGGAAGAGGAAAGGGGUACAGAAACCAAAUCGCAGAGUAGAAUCUGCGGGGGAAAAAAUGGUUGAAAUAUUAGGUAUGAAACUAUUAAAGUAAUAAUGACAAGGGUCAACCACUUAUAUAAGGUUAUAUUUAUAUCUACCGUUGCAUUGUGCCGGAUCAUUGUCCUUGGCCGUUGAAUAAACUGUUUUUAAAAUG